AUGCUUCCUUUAUUAAAAUGUACGAUAAUAUCAGACCUUCUUUGUCUAGUUAAGAAGAUGUGCAAAAUAUUUUUCGCCUUCAUCUUCCUCUUCUUAUCCUUCCAGCUCCGCUUGUCCAGGGGAUGGAGCUUCCAUGAAUCAGGAUUAGGAUCAUUUAUUGGUGUGCUUGUUGGAUCCUGGAACGGACCGGAGAGUUUAAUCAUCAACCUGAAUCGAUGUACCGCCACCAGUUGCUGCCCUGCCUACUACCAGUGCUGUGGGGGUGGCAAGUUCUGCUGCGAUCUCGCCUUUCCCAUAUUUAGAAUGAUCCUCACUGAUAACCGUGUUUAUAAUAACCUGUGA